AUGGAGAAGAAGGCCCUAACACAUGUACCGAGAGCGCUAGUAGAAAGAGCCAGACGUGAAAGAUGACGACCACGAACUAACAAGGCCGGCAGUCCACGAGCGGACGGCGAAACGCAGGUAAUAGCAGUGGCUACGGGAGAGGCCGCGGGCAGAGCCAGGUGGAAAGCGUAGAGGAGGCACAGGAGAGAUCGUACGAAAAAUAUGCAAGAAGUCAGGCAUGGAACCAGCCCGGGCAGCAGACGCCAAGUGCCCAAGUUGCCAUCCGGAAACACCCCAUAGACAACAGUAGCGGAGAAGAGCGAAAUCGGGGCCCCCUCCAGCAACAGCGUAACCCGUGGAGGCGGACAGACGUUGAGAGUACGGCUGUCCGAAAGGCUGCCGGGGAGGGAAAAGGUGGACUUGCGAGAACCGCAGCGAAGCAAGGAAGAGACCAGGACACGAAAGAAAAGACAGGAGUAGCCAAAACUGCACAGCGUGAAGAGGCAAAGAAACAGAGCAUAAGCGACCCAAUGUAA